UAUUCUCUUCUACUAAUGCAGUUGGCAGGUGCAAUGUUAGGCCAGUCACGGACAGUGGUUCUUUGUUUGCUGGCGGUUCUUCCGCUUUUAGCAGCACAAGGACAGAAAGCACGUAUCGUUUGCUACUUCAGCAAUUGGGCAAUCUAUCGGCCCGAUGUCGGCCGGUACACGAUCGAUGACAUCCCGGCGGAGAUGUGCACCCACAUCAUCUACUCGUUCAUCGGGGUGGACGACAGCAACUACCAGGUGCUGGUGAUCGAUCCCGAGGUCGACCUGGAGCAGAGCGGGUUCCGCAACUUUACCGAGCUGCGCCAACGGUACCCACACGCCAAGUACCAGAUAGCGGUCGGCGGCUGGGCAGAGGGUGGCAAAAAGUACUCCCAGAUGGUGGCGGUCAAGGAACGGCGCCAAUCGUUCAUCUCCAGCGUCGUCCAGUUCAUGAAGGUGUACGGGUUCGAUGGGUUCGAUCUGGACUGGGAGUACCCGGGGGCGGCCGAUCGAGGCGGCAGCUUCGGCGAUAAGGAUAAGUUUUUCUACUUCGUCGAGGAGCUGCGCCGGGCGUUCGAUCGGGAGGGCCGCGGAUGGGAAAUUACGAUGGCGGUCCCGGUGGCCAACUUCCGCCUGCAGGAGGGCUACCACGUGCCGGAGCUGUGCGAAAAUCUGGAUGCCAUCCACUGCAUGACGUACGAUCUGCGGGGCAAUUGGGCCGGGUUUGCCGAUGUGCACAGUCCGCUGUACAAGCGGCCGCACGAUCAGUGGGCCUACGAGAAGCUGAACGUGAACGAUGGUGUCCAGCUGUGGGUGAAUUAUGGCUGUCCGCCCAACAAGUUGGUCAUUGGAGUGCCAUUCUACGGACGGACUUUCACGCUCAGUGCCAGUACGACCAACCCGACGCUUGGGUCGUACAUCAACAAGGAGGCGGGCGGUGGCGAUCCGGGACCGUACACAAAUGCAACCGGAUUUUUGGCGUACUAUGAGAUCUGCACCGAGGUGCAGGACGAGGAAAAGGGCUGGACGAAGAAGUGGGACGAGGUGGGCCUCUGUCCGUACACCUACAAGGGCACCCAGUUCGUCGGUUACGAGGACGAACGGUCGCUCCAGCACAAGAUGGACUGGAUCAAGCAGAAGGGGUACGCCGGCGCCAUGACCUGGGCGAUCGAUAUGGACGAUUUCCACGGUCUUUGCGGGCCGGAAAAUGCGCUGAUGAAGGUGCUGUACGAUGGUAUGAAGGAUUACGUCGUGCCCGAACCGACCGUAACAACCACACCGAGGCCGGAAUGGAAUCGACCACCAUCCACAAUGUCCUCGGAUGGGGAGCAAACGACGGCACGUCCUGCCACUACCACCACUACCUACAAACCAAGACCGACGACAACGGUUGCACCAACGACAAGAACCACUACUGCCCGGCGAACCACGACGACCCGCAAGCCCACCACAAUUCUGCCCCCGGACACCGAUUCGGAGGAGGACCGGGAGGAGCCCGCCAUGCCGCCAGCCGCACCCGAGCGCGAGGACGAGUCGGAGAUCGAUUGUUCCGGCUACAAGGACUUUGUGCCGUCGGUCGACUGUACCAAGUACUAUCGCUGCGUCCACGGCCAGCCGGUCGAGUUUGUGUGCAAACCGGGCACCGUCUUCCACACCGCGCUGAACGUUUGCGACUGGCCGGAAAAUGCGGACCGACCGGAAUGUCGCACCAAAGCGAAACUGCUCGAAAGCCCGACCGCGUACGAUUAUGCGGCGCUGGGCCGGGCCAACCCAUACUCCUACCGGAUCGAGGACGUCCCGGGCGAUCUGUGCACGCACGUGGUGUACAACUUUGUCGGCGUGGACAGCGAGGAGUACGAGCUGGCGAUGCUGCAGCGCGAGAUCGACAUCGUGCAGAAUGGGUUCGGGCGGUUCAUCGAUCUGAAGCAGCGCUUCCCCGACCUGAAGAUGUACGUGGCGGUCGGGGGCUGGGAUCAUGGCGGGGCACCGUUCAGCCGGAUGGCGGCGUUUCGCAAUCGGCGCAAGAAGUUCAUCGAAAGUGUGGUCAAGUUUAUGGGGCGGUAUGAGUUUGAUGGCAUCGAGCUGGUGUGGCUGUACCCGGGCAGUGUGGAGCGGGGCGGCACCAACAACGAUAAGGACAACUUUGUCUAUCUGGUGGAGGAGCUGAAGACGGCGUUUCUGAGGGCGCGACAGCCGUGGGAGGUGGCGAUCCAGGUGCCGGCCGACCAUACCCGGUUUGAAGUGGGCUACGAUCAGAGUUUGCUGUGCGAGAGUGCUGACUUUGUGCACAUUGCCGGGUACGAUCUGCGCGGCUCGUGGACCGGCUUUGCCGAUGUGCACAGCCCGAUGACGGAUCGGCCGCACGAUCAGGGCAUCUACAAGGGGCUGAACGUGCGGGCGGGCGUUGAGUCGUGGCUCGCGAGCGGAUGCGCCCCGGAACGGGUCGUGCUGGGGGUACCGUUCCUCGGGCGUACGUACACGCUGCGCAACAGUCAGCAGAACGGUCUCGGUGCGGUGACGACCGGCCCUGGUCCGAAGGGUCAGCAUACGUAUAGUGCGGGCUAUCUGGGGUACUUCGAGAUCUGCCAGAAGCUGAAGGCUGAACGUAACUGGCGCACGGUUUGGGACGCGAUCGGGCAGUGUCCGUACGCGUACCGGGGCAACCAGUGGAUCGGGUACGAGAACGAGGAGUCGCUGAAGGAGAAGGUCGAGUUGGUGAAGAGCAAAGAGCUGGCCGGCGUCUAUGCGUUCUCGCUCGAUCUGGACGACUAUCGGGGCAAGUGCGGUGGCGAACCGUACCCGCUUAUGCGGACGCUGGCGGGAUUGCUGAAGAAAGAGCACCAAAGCGUAAUCGGGUUCGCGUUCGAGCGGGAAAUUGCCCUUAUGACGGCUCUCCUGCUGGCUGCUAGCUACGAAUGCCACGCCAAGCCCCAACGACUGAUCUGCUACUACACGAACUGGUCCCAUGCCCGACCGAACGAGCACCGGUACGACCUAGAGGACAUUCCGGGCGACCUCUGCACUCACGUGGCGUACGCGUUCGUUGGCGUCGACGAAGCUACCUCACGCAUCAGCUCCCUCAAGCCCGAGUACGAUGAGGACGCCGGGCAGAACGGAUUCGAGCGGUUUCGUGACCUGAAGGAACGGUUUCCGCAUCUUCGGCUGAUCGUUUCCGUGGGCGGCUGGACACACGGUGGCGGUGCGUUUAGCAGGAUGGCCUCAUCACGUGCUGCCCGGUUGGAGUUUGUAACCAGUGCGGUCACCUUCCUGGACCGGUACCGGCUCGAUGGGCUGGAAAUUGUUUGGCUAUGGCCGGGAGCGCCCGAGCGUGAUGGCAAGCGGGAGGAUAAGGAUAACUUUUACUACCUCGUGGGUGACUUGCGGGACGCCUUCCGGCGGGCUGGUAAGGGUUGGGAGGUGUCCGUGCAGGUACCGGUUGAUAGGGCCCGCAUUGCCGUUGGCUAUCAGCAAGAGUGGCUCUGUCAAGCUGCUGACUACAUACAGCUUGCCGGGUAUGAUUUGCGUGGUCCCUGGACGGGAUAUGCCGAUGUCCAUAGCGUACUGAGACGAAGAUCGCACGACGUGCACUACUUUGCCACCUUCAACAUAGAGGAUGGCAUCACCUCCUGGCUGGGUAAGGGCUGUAGAGCGAAUCAGCUCGUACUCGGUCUUCCAUUGUACGGCCGUAGCUAUGUGCUGAAGAAUGCAACCCUCGCCACGGGCCCGGGAGCGCCGGCGAUCGGACCGGGUGAGCAAGGACCGAUCACGAACGAUCCGGGACUGUUGGGGUACUUUGAGUUGUGUGAACUGCUGAAGGAUCGUAACUGGACGUAUGGAUGGGAUGAGGUGGCACAGGCAGCGUACGCGUAUCGCGCCAACCAGUGGAUUGGCUACGAGAGUGCGGAAUCUCUGACAGCGAAAGCACAGUGGGUCGUUGGGAAGGGAUUGGGUGGCAUAUACGCAUACACGCUGGAUUUGGACGACUACCGGGGGCACUGUGGCGAAACGCAUGGUCUGCUGCGUAGUUUGCAUCGGGAAUUGCGAAAUGAUACGAGACCACUCUCGGUGGAGAUGGUGGGCCUGGUGCAUCUGCUCCUGCUGCUCACGGCCCUUUGCGCCGGUGAAGAAAGUCGGCUGGUUUGCUACUUCACCAACUGGUCGCCGGACCGGGCCGGCGAGUACGCGUUCAAUGUCAACGACAUACCGGUCGAGCUGUGCACCCACCUCACCUACACCUUUGCCGGGGUGGACGAGGACACGUUCGAGCUGCGGCCGACCGACGGGAAGUUCGACAUACUGCAGCAGGGCUACGAGAAGUUCGCCAACCUGAAGAAGACAAACCCCGAGCUGAAGCUUUCGCUGGCCGUGGGAGGUUGGGCGCAUGGGGCCGAACCGUUCCAGAAGAUGGCGGCCACACUGAACGGGCGGGAGGUGUUUAUUAACAGUGUGAUUGAGUUCCUUCACCGGUACAACUUCGAUGGGAUCGAAAUUGUGUGGCUUUGGCCGGGUAGUUCGGACCGGGGCGGCCAGCCGAGUGAUAAGGACAACUUCUAUCUGCUGAUAGCGGAGCUGAAGAGCGCGUUCCGGGAGGCCGGACAGGAUGGUUGGGAAGUGGUGGUGCAGGUGCCACUCGAGCGGUACCGGAUCGAGCAGGGCUACCACCAAAGUCAGCUGUGCAGAGUGGCGGACUAUGUGUACGUAACCGGAUACGAUCUUCGCGGCUCGUGGAACGGGUACACCGACGUGCACAGCCCCAUGAACAAUCGCCUAUUCGAUACGGGCGCGCAGAGAGAUUUGAACGUCAAGGGUGGCGUGCAGCACUGGAUCAAAGGUGGCUGUCCGGCGCGCAAAAUCGUCCUCGGUGUACCACUGUUCGGGCGCACGUACACACUAGCAAACAGUGAGGAGCAUGGACUGGCGGCACCAACCACCGGUCCAGGGCUGCCGGGACCACAAACGAAGGAUGCCGGCUACCGCGGGUACUUUGAAAUUUGCACCGAAAUGCAGCAGUCCGGCUGGGAGAUCGAUUGGGACGUGCGGGGCCAAUGCCCGUACGCUUACCGGGGCGAUCAGUGGAUCGGGUUCGAGAAUACGAUCUCGAUCGUGGAGAAGGCUAACUACGCCAAAUAUCAGGGACUGGCGGGCGUGUACGCCUUUUCGCUCGAUCUGGACGACUACCGGGGCAAGUGUGGCAAACGGUAUCCGCUGCUAACGGCGCUGCGCAAUGCCUACAAACCGAAGAUGCUCUGCGGGACGGGUGACGAUUUUGCGGCCUUCCGUGAACCCUCUGCUGAAACCCGUUUCGUCUGCCACUAUACGACCUGGUCCCGCGAUCGGCCGGACGAAGGUUCCUUCCAGAUCAACGACAUCCCGGGCAACCUUUGCUCGCACGUCGUCUACAACUUCCUCGGCGUGAACGAAACCUCCUACCAGCUGGAGCUGCUGCAGCCCGACUAUGACCUCGGCGAGCGGGCGAUCGAACGGUUCGCCGCGCUGAAAGAUCAGUUCCCCCACCUGAAGCUGCUGAUCGCGGUCGGUGGCUGGGCGCACGGUGGUGCGCGCUUCAGCGAAAUGGCCAAGUUUCGCACCCGGCGCAAUCAGUUCAUCGGCAGCGUGAUCAAGUUCCUGCACCAGUACCGGCUGGACGGCAUCGAGCUGGUGUGGCUCUAUCCGGGCAACUUCGAUCGGGGCGGCGCUGUGGAGGACAAGGACACCUUCCUCUAUCUCGUGUCCGAGCUGGCCAAGGUGGUGCGGGACGAGAAGAAACCGUACGAGGUGGUGAUACAGGUGCCGGUCGACAUCUCGCGCAUGGCGGUCGGGUACCACCAGGAGGAGCUGUGCGCGGCGGCCGACUUCGUGCACAUGGUCGGGUACGAUCUGCGCGGCUGGUGGAACAACUUUGCCGACGUGCACAGCCCACUGGCGCCCCGCCCGAACGAUCUCGUGAUGGACAGCUUCGAGCACGUGAACGUGGGGGACGGCGUGCAAGAUUGGCUCGACAAGGGCUGCCCGCCCGAGAAGGUGACGCUCGGGGUGGCCCUGUUCGGCCGCACCUACCUGCUGGACGAUCCGCUCGACAACACGAUCGGUGCGGUGACGAUCGGGGCCGGCGAUCCGGGCCCGUACAGCAACGAGCCGGGCUAUCUCGGCUACUGCGAGUUCUGCCACAAUCUGACCAGCGACGAGUGGACGAAGAAGUGGGACGAUGUGGGCCUGUGCCCGUACGCGUACACCGAGACGACCUGGAUCGGGUACGAGAACGAGCGGUCGCUGCAGGAAAAGAUCAACUACGUGAAGCAGAAGCGGCUGGGCGGGCUGUACGCGUUCUCGCUCGAUCUGGACGACUAUAGGGGGGCCUGCGGGGAACCGUUCCCGCUGACCCGCUUCCUAUCGCGCUAUCACGACGAAACGAAGAUCAAAGAUUGGCACAUUUUCGUCUCGACCACGGAGCGGAAGGAGAUCAAUACGACGGAAGCCGAAUCGUAACGAUCGUGGGCAACACUCUCUAAGCAUAACACACGCACGCAGCGCAUUGUGUAAUGUAUUUUAUAAUACAAAAAUAAAGGCAAACUGCAUCCCGCUUUACAUAAUGGCCA